UGAAGACGAACAGCCGCCGACGGGUGGGCCCAUACUUUCGCUAUCCUUUUGCUUCGCUCCGCUACUGCUCUUCACAAGCGUGGCGUCGUCGCGGCCCAUCGCCCCCUCACCCUCAGAUCAACCCCCGCAGUAGCAGGGUGCUGGAGAAGCAUCCCGAGGCCGAGAUGGAGGCGGCGGCUCGCCUCCCCCUCCCCAUCAUCUCCGCCCUCCUCCUCCUGCUAAUCCUCUCGCCGGCGGCAGCGAGGGUGGCGCCGUCGCGCAUGCAGCCGCUCGCCACGGCCGCGCUGCGCCUCCUCUACGACACCUCCAACUACGGCAAGCUGCAGCUCAACAACGGCCUCGCGCUCACCCCGCAGAUGGGGUGGAACAGCUGGAAUUUCUUCGCAUGCAACAUCAACGAGACGGUCAUCCGCGAAACAGCUGAUGCGCUGGUGUCGACAGGACUGGCUGAAUUGGGCUACAACUAUUUAAAUAUUGAUGAUUGCUGGUCCUAUGUGAAAAGAAGAAACAAGGAUCAAUUGCUACCUGAUCCAAAGAAUUUCCCUUCAGGCAUCAAAGCUCUUGCAGACUAUGUGCACGGAAAAGGUUUAAAACUUGGUAUAUACUCAGAUGCUGGGAUAUUUACUUGUCAAGUUCGACCUGGAUCGCUCUAUCAUGAAAAUGAUGAUGCCGCACUCUUUGCUUCAUGGGGUGUUGACUACCUGAAGUAUGACAACUGCUACAAUCUGGGAAUAAAGCCUCAGAAAAGAUAUCCUCCUAUGCGAGAUGCUCUUAAUUCAACUGGGCGCCAAAUAUUCUACUCUUUGUGUGAGUGGGGCCAGGAUGAUCCAGCCUUGUGGGCUGGCAAAGUUGGCAAUAGUUGGCGUACAACAGAUGACAUAACGGAUACAUGGAAAAGCAUGACAGAUAUUGCUGAUAAGAAUAACAAGUGGGCAUCAUAUGCUGGACCUGGUGGUUGGAAUGACCCAGAUAUGCUGGAGGUAGGGAAUGGUGGCAUGACCUUUGCUGAGUAUCGCUCACAUUUUAGCAUCUGGGCUCUCAUGAAGGCCCCUCUAUUAAUUGGCUGUGAUGUCAGAAAUAUGACUUCAGAAACGAUGAAAAUAUUGAGCAACAAAGAAGUAAUUCAAGUAAACCAAGAUCCUCUUGGAGUUCAAGGAAGAAAAAUUUUGGGAGAAGGAAAAAAUGGAUGCCGCGAGGUGUGGGCUGGCCCCCUGUCUGGAAAUCGGCUUGCUGUUGCUUUGUGGAACCGAUGUUCGGAGAUUGCUAAUAUUACAAUGAAAUUGCCAGCAGUAGGCCUUGAUGAAUCAGCUGCCUAUUCUGUUAGAGACCUUUGGAAGCAUGAAUCUCUAUCAGAAAAUGUUGUUGGAACUUUUGGCGCUCAAGUUGACGUGCAUGACACAAAGAUGUAUAUUUUUUCUCCAGCCAUCAGUGUCGCUUCAAUUUGAUUGGACCUGGUGAACUCUGGAUGGCAGCAUGUUUUAUCCCAGUAUAUAAUGGCAAUAAAAUCCAUCUGUUUUCCCGUAUUCCGUUCCACUUGUGCUGAAGUUCGAUUCGUGCAGAAAUGUUGCAAUAUUGUUUGCCUUUUCUCUGGGGGAUGUCCAUACAAGUGGACCAUGUAAACUUUCCCGCUCGAGUUAAAUUGAUUGCUGUGGAGCCUUGCAGCUGAUGCCAUGCUGUUGCCGUUGGACAAUGGACCAAUGGUAGGCACUUGUCGUAAGCUGUUGUGAUCACGUAAUGUGUAAUUAUUUGAUUUAAAAUUAGAAGUACCAUGCCUUCGCACUGCAACUAGUUGGGGGAUGCAGUAGUCAGGCUGGCAAUGUCAACGUAACUGUGAUAUAAUUCCAAUAAAAUGAUCAGACGAGAUGCGCCUGGCGUUGACAUGGA